UCACCACCACUGAGAAACACAACAAAAGAAUGUGAAAAGAUUGAAGCAUGUGAAAUGGGACCUCUUUCCUAUAUUGCUGGAUAUGUUGUUAGGAAAUUAACGAGUGCAAGAAAGAAAAAGAGUGAGUCAGAGAACACAGAACUCCAAGGAUUACUUGGGAGCCUGCAGUCGGAACAAGAAAAUAACAGCUUCAUACAAGCUAGAAACAGAGGUGGUCUUGUCAACCCAUCAGAUGACCCCAUAGGAAUUUUGCAAGAGGCAAAAAUAAACUUUCGUAGAGAGGUUAACAAAUCAAAGGAAGUCCUCAGAAAUAUCCCAGUGGAUGUGAUUUGUUAUAAAACUAUUAGCAUGCCCAUUGUGAAAUCAUUGUGGAUGAAUGAAUGA